UUUUGGCGUGUUUAUUGACAGGACGUGCCGGGUAUGUCACACGAUUUGCUACAGCAACAACAGCAAAUGCUGUACCAGCAACAUCAACAACAUCAUCAGAUAAUACAUCAGCAGCAACAGCUCCUUGCUGCUGAACAGCAGAGGCAGCAGCAGCUUCAGGAACAGCAGCACAUUCUGGAACAGCAACAGCAGCAGCAGCAACUGUUUGAGGAGCAGCAGCGGCGGCACUUGGAACAGCUUCGGGCACAGCAGCUGGAGGACCAACAGCAGCAGCAGCAACAACAGCAGCAACAACAACAGGCACUGGCAGAUCAGACUCGCCAGCAGCAGCUCCUGGAACAACAACGCCAGCAACAGCUAGAACAGCAAAUGAGGGAGCAGCAGAAGGUGGAACAACUUAGGUUGGAGGAGCAGAAGCGGCAGCAGCAGCUGUUGGAACAGCACCGGCUUCAGGAGAUAGAGCAGCAGCGUCAGCUUGAGCAACAGCGUCAAAAAGAGCGGGAGGAGGAAGAGAGGCAGCGGCUCCUCGAACAGCAGCGAGCAGCGGAGAGACAGCACAGCCUGCAACGUGCCGAGGAGGAGCGCCAGCGGCAGCUACUGGAGGAGCAGCAGCAUCGUCAACGCCAAUUGCAAGCCAUGGAAGAGCAGCACCAGCAACAAAAGUUGUUGGAAGAGGAAAGGCAGAAGGCUCUGAUUCAAGAACACCACCGCCUCCUGCAACAACAACAGCAGCAAGAGUUGGAAGAACAGCAGCGCCAGCAGCAACAACGUCUAAUGGAAGAGCAGCGCCAGCAGCAACUCAUAGCAGAGCAGCAGAGGUUGCUGGAGGAACAGCAGCAGCGAGAGGAGGAAGAGAGACGGCAACAACUGAUCAUGGAGCAGCAGAGAUUGAUCGAGGAGCAGCGUCAGAAACAGCUGGAAGAACAGCGCCGACAACAGGAAGAAGCCAUGCAAAGGAUGGAAGAGGAAAAACGCAGACAGCAGGAAGAAGCAAUGCUGCGAAUGGAAGAGGAAAAAAUGGAAGAGGAAAAAUGGAGACAACAGGAAGAGGCUAUGAAGCAAAUAAAAGAGGAAAAGUACGGCCAGCAAGAAGAGGCCAUGCUUCAAAUAAAAGAAGAAGGCUAUGGACAACAGGGAGAAGCGAUGUUGCAAGUGAAAGAAGAGAAGCUUAGGCAGCAGGGGGCAAUCCAGCAGCAGCAAGAGCAUUUGCAAUUGGACGACCAGCGCCAGCUGGAAGAGCAGCAGCAGCGAGAGGCAGCAGCAAGGGAAGAGGAAAGAGUCAGAGCUCAGCAGGCAGAGGUGGAAGCCCAGCGAUUGGCUGCGGCUGAACUGGCCGCCAAGCAGCGGGAAGAGGAAGAGCGAAUCCUGCAGCAGCAGCAGGAGCUCAUCGAGAAGGAGAAACAGCGGCUGCUACAACAGCAGCAGGAGCGGAUCAGGCAGCGGCAGGAAGAGAAGCAGCGCCAGGAUGAGGAGACCAGACAGAAGGUCUUGCAACAGCAGCAGAUGCUGGAAGAACAACAGCGGGCCGAAAAGGAGCGACAGAUCCGCUUGGAAGAACAGAAGAGGGNAGGGGCAGAGUUGCUACGGCAACAACAACUUGCCAUGGAGGUGCAGCGGCGAGAGGAGGAGAAGAUUCAGCAGCAGCAGGAGAUGCUACGGCAGCAACAGACACAUGACCAACAGGAGCAAGAGGAACAUCAACUUGAACAAAGCAGACCGCCUCUCCUUCCGACUCCUGUGAUGGGCCAGCGGGGACCCCUUGGACCGCCAGGGCUCGACCGGCCUUUCAUGCCAAGGCCCAGUGGGAUGCCCCGCCCCCCAGGGGUAUCAGACCAAGACAUGGACAGCCCUACUCCCGAGGACCGUGAUGAUGGAAGUGACCAAGAAGAUGAUGACAUGCUUAAGGCUAAUGUUGAGCUACCUCAGGCCUUGGAGAAAGUGCUCGCCUUCCAGAAUGUACGCGCUCAGGAACUAGGAGUGACAGAAGAAGAAGACCUACCUGGAUUUCAUGAGCAGCAGGAGGAACCAAUUCCUGAGGACGACGACUACGAACGAGAAGAGGAUGAGGACGAAGGUUUUGAGGAGGCCUCAUCUGAAGGACCUCAGCAGGCGCGCAAACUGACCAAAAACCAGAGGCGCAAGAAGAAGAAGCAGCGCCGUAAGGCAGCCAAGAAGAUGGAGCAGAUGGUGCAGGCUCAGGAGGGCCAAUCGGCCGACCAAGAGGGUGACAGUGACCUUGGGGUUGAGGUGGAGUAUGUUGCCGAGACCAUGGACUUGACUGACCCAGCCGCCAGGCAGUUCAGCAGGAUCUUUGAGGCUUUCAAGCUGUCUGAACCCGCCAAGCCUGAGGCAGCCAUUAAGGAACCCAAAGUAGAGAAGCCCCCAGAAAAGAAGAAAGAAGAACCCAAGAAGAGGAUGUCAGAUGAUGAAAAAUCAGAUUCCGACUCGGACGAUGAGAAGAAGGAAGACGCUACUCCCAAGUUGUCCAAGAAGAAGAUGCGCAAGCUGAAUCGCUUGAGCGUCGCCGAGCUGAAACAGCUUGUGCACAGACCCGACGUGGUAGAGAUGCAUGACGUCACAGCUAGAGAUCCCAAACUACUGGUCUACCUCAAGGCUUACAGGAAUACAGUGCCAGUCCCCCGACACUGGUGCUUUAAGAGGAAGUACCUGCAAGGGAAGAGGGGCAUUGAGAAGCCGGCCUUCGAGCUGCCAGAGUUCAUCAUGAGAACGGGAAUCAUGGAGAUGAGACAGGCACUGCAGGAGAAGGAGGAACAGCAGACAAUGAAGACCAAGAUGAGACAAAAAGUUCGACCCAAGAUGGGCAAGAUAGACAUUGACUACCAGAAACUUCAUGACGCCUUCUUCAAAUGGCAAACCAAACCAAAGAUGACAAUCCAUGGUGAUCUGUACUAUGAGGGUAAGGAGUUUGAGACCAGACUCAAAGAGAAGAAACCGGGAGAGCUGUCGGAUGAGCUCAAGACAGCACUGGGCAUGCCAAUAGGCCCUAAUUCCCAAAAGUACCCGCCCCCUUGGCUGAUAGCCAUGCAGCGAUAUGGCCCCCCACCCUCCUAUCCCAACCUGAAGAUCAGUGGUCUCAACUCGCCCAUCCCUGAGGGCUGUUCGUUUGGCUACCAUGCUGGUGGCUGGGGUAAGCCUCCUGUAGAUGAAACAGGCAAGCCUCUCUAUGGAGACGUUUUUGGGACCAAUGCGGCGGACUUCAAGGAGGAGGAAGAGGAGGAAGAGGUGGAUCGCACCCGGUGGGGCGAGUUGGAGAGCGAGUCGGAAGAGUCUUCCUCGGAGGAGGAAAGCGAAGAGGAGGAAGAGGAGAGAGAAGUGGACGAGACAGGCCUGAUCACGCCAGCAGAUGGCGGCCUGAUUACCCCCAGUGGCCUGACUUCGAUCCCGACCGGCAUGGAGACGCCGGAAAUGAUCGAGCUCCGCAAGAAGAAGAUCGAGGAUGCCAUGGAUCAAGGUGGAGAGACGCCCGCCCUCUACACUAUCCUCCCGGAGAAACGGGCCACUGUGGGCGGGGCCAUGAUGGGAUCUGCCCAUGUCUACGAUACUGCAGCAGCCAAGAAGGUAGGAGGGGCCGGUGAGGGCGUGGCUAUUACCCUGGAUCCUAGCGAGCUGGACUUGGACACGGCAGCCAUGGCAGCCAAGUAUGAGCAGCAGGUCCGCGAGCAGCAGAACCAACUGGAGAAAGAGGACUUCAGCGACAUGGUGGCUGAGCAUGCUGCAAAACAGAAGAAUAAGAGAAAGAAACAGAGCCAGGACAGUGGAAAGGCAGCCAAGAAAUACAAGGAAUUUAAGUUUUAAAUAUUUUCAUGUUUAUUUUGAAUGUACAUUUUAUGGAGAUUUCAGUUCAGUUUUCAAGGCAUAUUGCUACAUUACAUCUGUGUCAAUUAUGGUUUGAAAAGAUGCUUUGAUGACACGACAAAGUUGAUCAGCUUUGCGCCUUGGAUCAUAGGUAUCUUAGCAAGUGCAACAGCUUCCUUCAGGGAAAAAAAAAACCAAUCCCAGGCUGCCCAUUUACUUCCCUUUUGCUCAAUUCUCAAUCGCCGUUCCUGAAACACCAUCUGAUAAAAUGUAAUCUAAUCACGGGCCAUAAUAGCCUAAGAUCCCUGGCGUCUGUGCACAUGAUGAUCUUAACUACUGGGCCAAUCAUUUGGAAAAUCCCAAAUCCACAUCUGUGACCAAAGGGCAACAGAACGUGGUUCCCAGUUUGAUUCUGAACAACACUACCCCAAUUGGGGGAUUAUUAUGCAGUUUUGAUUUACAUAUUGAGGGAUUUUGCGUUAUUAAAAAAUCGAGAAUGAAGUAUCCUUGUAAUUUUAGAAUGACAGCCAAAACAAAACGACAAAAGGAGCAUAUCUAGUUCUUUUUUAUGCAUUCUCAAUUCAUACAUUUGUAUAUUUGAACUGUAAUAACUUCGUGACUUCAUGGGAGGUGAUGUUCGUUAUGUACAAGACCAUGUAGAAGUCAUUCACAACAAAGAAAACCUUUUUCAAAUUGUAUAUUUUACAUGCCAUCUUCUGACAUGCCAGUUUUUGAGGAGUGAAUUUAAACAUUUACCACCGUGGUCCAUUGAUUUUCUACACGGCUAUCUUAUGUGCUAUGAUGCGAAAAAAAUUGACCCCAGGUUUUCACUGGUCCUUGAACGGCAUCCGGAUAUGGUUGGUUUUUGUACAGUAGGCCUACAUAUUCUGUGGGCCUACUGUAGAAAAGUCCCUGUUAUUUUCAAACACCAGGAAAUUUGGGGCUUGGGUUUGCAGUCUGUGAAAACAGUUAUUGAACUUCAGCAUCAGUGUUAUGGUCAGACUGACGAUCUGAAAAGCUUUGGGGUUCAAACAGCGGGUGUGUUUAGAGCUUUAGUGGUGUAAAUCGUUCACUGGAGCUAGCAACUAGGUCAGAGGUCCACUUUUACAACCUGUGUAAAAAAAAGCCAGAGGCUGUGCAGGAUUGAGGAAAUGGUACAAUUGUUCAGUGCGUCUGAUGUAGGCUACCUAGGGCACCGUAGGCGCAGAAUGGCAGUAACAAAUCAGUCACUGCUUAGCCACUCGUCCGUAACAUGCUCUUGUGUGUCUUUUUAUCCCACUACUGACUCCGUUUGGAAACGUUUUUAUCGACUUAUUGUCAGUGUAGUUCUCUCUAUCCCGUCUGAAUACUUGUCUGGUAUGUCAUUCAUUAUUAUCCCAUUGUCGGCAGGCAAGCUCUUAAAAUGGUGGCGACAGUUUCGUUCUGGCGAUCAGCCAGGUGGCCGUUGGAAAUCUCAAUGCAGUGAGAAUGACCCCGAUUUUGUGUGAAUCUAAGGGAAAAAUCACAUCUUGACCCGUGACAUGUUAUGACCCCUGAGAUAGAAGUCUUGUAAAAUUUCAGCAAGGGACACAAGCUCAGUGCUGUUUCUGAUACAUCUAGGAUAUUUUAACGUCACAGAUGCCCAUAAAUUAAUCCACAUUAACUGCUUACAAUAUCAUUUAUUGCGUUUGUGCUCUUUUAAGACUUCGUAAAAUCCCUUAGCACAUCAAUUUGUUAAAAGACCAAGGUAUAUAACCCAACCCUAAAACUUGUCUUCAAGAGCGAAGCUUUUUUACUCCAGCAAAAGAGCUACCGGUAGCUUUGUUGUAAAACAUUCUACUUCAUUUAGCAAAUUGCCAGAAAGCAGUUGAUUUUCACGGGCCCUUUUGUCAGUAAGUUGAUUUGGUGUUAGUUUUCUUCUUUUUCUUAGUUGUAACUAUAUGAACCUUUGUGAAUGACAAGGUGUGUACUAGUGAAUAAAAGUACCUGUUUGCUCUGAAAGUGUU